CUUCGAGCGGAAACAGCAAUACCGCAAGCAGUACCCUAAAGACUUUCUAGACGCGGCCUCUUCGACCAAUGCAGCAAGCGCUGAGGGGGAAGGCGAGGAGGAGGACGAGUACUGGGCGGGAGUCCUCGAGGCGCCGUUUGACGCGCCGUCCAGACGAACCGCUGCUGACGAGGCCAAUGACGUCAGGUCCCUGCAGCGCGCACUGGACAAGCGCCUGUACCUGCUGCUCAAGGGGCCCUCGCUUGCCGGCCAAUCAGGCAGCGACACAUGGCACUUCCCCGAGAAGCUUUACGAAGGCGACGACUCCAUGCGCCAGUGUGCAGAGAGGGCAGCAGCAGCAUCCCUCGGUUCCUCCCUCGACCUCUACUUUGUUGGCAAUGCUCCCUGCGCGCAUGCUCCCAUGGCUGCAGCCACGGCAUUCUUCUUCCGAGCCCAUGUCCUAGGAGGUGAUUUCCAACCAGCUGCCCGGACAAUAAAGGAUUUCGCGUGGGUCAGCAAGGCAGAGAUCCCAGAGUAUGUGGACCUUUCGGCCAUCCCUGAUGGACCCAAGCUCUUCCAGACGCUGCUCAUGGACGAGUGA